AUGCAAAUGGCGUUUUCUUUCUCUAAAAAACCCUCUUCAAGAUACAGCACCUACGAUUCAUCACGUUCUUCAACUUCCUCUCACUUCUCAGACCCAUCUUCAUCCUAUGAGUUCAAAUCACACUCUUCAUCUCGUGCCAUAGUCAAAGCUAAACCCUCUCAAACCACAAAAGUGGAUCCUACGGUAACCACAAUGGUUAAGAAAUUCAUGGCGAAUAAGCCCAAGUCUGUGAACCCUGCUUCCACCAAGUUGUUCAUUCCUUCUGAUGUUAUUGCUAAGGAUUUGAAGAAGGAUGCUAAGAGGGUCAAUGGCUUUUCGGCUUUGCAGAAGAAGUUGUUUGGGAAGAGUGGAUCGUGUGAGAAGAAAGAGAAGGUGAAGGCUUUGACUGAAGUGAAGGGGAACACUAGGACUCUUGCUAUGGUUCUGAGGAGUGAGAGGGAGCUUCUGAGUAUCAAUAAGGAUCAAGAGGAUGAGAUUUCGAGGCUCAAGAUCAUGAUUGAAAACAAAAAUAAAGAGGUAGAAAAGUUGAAGGAUUUGUGUUUGAACCAAAGAGAAGAAAUCAAGUCAUUGAAGAACAGUAUUUUGUUCCCUGAGGUUAUGAAUUCUCAACUUCAGAAACUUGUAGAGAAGCAAGGCUCAGAGCUGAAAGAAGCAAAACAGGUCAUUCCAUCUCUACAACAACAGGUUUCUUCUCUCACUGGUCAGCUUCAAAGUCUUGCCGAGGAUCUUGCAGAGGUCAAGGCUGAUAAGUAUUCGGCGAAAACGGGCUUCCAAGGUUAUGGAAGCUCUCCAAGAACACCACCACCACAUGGCAGGGAAGAUACCUCAAACUCCUGGGAUUUUAGCUCCGAGGACAUGGCGGAUGAUCUAUUACUCAAAGAUCUUAAUCCAUGCUUAACACCUUACAAAUCCAACAAGUCAAGAUCAAGGGAUGAUAGCUUAUCUGAGGAUGAUGUCAAAGUAUAUCCCGAGUUGCUGGACGAUUUUGAUUCUUAUGACAAGAAAUUUUCAAAAAGUUCCGACUGUUACCACCAUAACACCGGGAAAAUCAGCAAAAUAGGAGUCACAGCUAAAGCAAGUCGAAGAUCUGACGACACCAAAACAGUUUGGAGGUAG